AGGUGGUGUGGGUCUAUCUUUUUUUUUUUUUGAGUUAAAAAAAAAAAAAAAAAACAGAAGAGAACAUCUUUACGAUGCUGCUUUCACGAUUUUAAAAUUUUAGGUGAUUUUUUUUGGAAUUUUGGAAUUCUCUUUACAAAUUUUAUGUUGUAAGGUAGAUUCAAUUUUAAAAAAAAAAAGAUAUUUAGAUUAAUACAAGUUCCUAAGUCCUAACUAAUCAAAGCUUCCAUCCCUCGUGAAGCACGAGUUGGUUGAAUAUAAAGUCUCUCAAAAAGAAAAGAAAAAGUGGUUAGUAUUGGCAGAAAAAAAAAGUGGUUAGUAUUGGAUGAAAAGAGAAUUUAAUGUUCGUAUUCAAAAAUGUUUUAUAUAUACUAUAUAGUAUAUAUACAAAAUCCCAAGAUUAACUCAUUCAUAUUCCAUCUUCAUCUCCAUUUCUCACACUCAAAGGUUAAGAAGAAAAGAUGGCGAAAAAGUUGGAAGCUCAAGGUGGUCGUGGAGGAGAAGAAUGGGACGAUGGUGGUGCUUACGAAAACGUCAAGAAAGUGUAUGUUGGUCAAGGUGAUUCUGGUGUUGUUUACGUCAAGUUUGAUUACGAGAAAGAUGGAAAAAUCGUAUCACACGAACAUGGGAAGCAGACACUACUUGGAACAGAGGAGUUUGAGAUUGAUCCUGAAGACUACAUCACCUAUGUGAAAGUUUACUACGAGAAACUUUUCGGGUCACCGAUAGAGAUCGUCACAGCUCUUAUAUUCAAGACAUUCAAAGGAAAAACUUCUCAGCCGUUUGGACUAACCUCUGGAGAAGAAGCUGAGCUAGGAGGCGGCAAAAUCGUUGGAUUCCAUGGAACUUCAAGUGAUCUGAUCCAUUCUCUAGGAGCUUAUAUUAUUCCUUCGUCCACACCAUUGACUCCUUCUUCCAAUACUAUUCCAGCACAAGGUGGAGAUGGUGGAGUUGCUUGGGAUGAUGGUGUUCACGACAGUGUCAAGAAGAUAUAUGUUGGACAAGGUGACUCUUGUGUGACCUAUUUCAAAGCUGACUAUGAAAAGGCUUCAAAGCCUGUCCUUGGAAGUGAUCAUGGGAAGAAGACAUUGCUUGGAGCAGAGGAGUUUGUGCUUGGACCAGAUGAGUAUGUCACUGCCGUGUCGGGCUACUAUGACAAGAUUUUUAGUGUAGAUGCCCCGGCAAUCGUCUCGCUUAAGUUUAAAACAAACAAGAGAACAUCUAUCCCGUAUGGACUCGAGGGAGGAACUGAAUUCGUACUGGAGAAGAAAGACCACAAAAUCGUUGGUUUCUAUGGACAAGCUGGUGAAUAUCUUUACAAACUUGGAGUCAAUGUUGCGCCCAUAGCCAAAUGAUGUGAAACCAAUCUGGAUAUCCCUGAAAUUUGAAUAAGGUUAUGUUGUGAGUUUAUGAAGUUGUGGUCUAGUGUUGUAUUUUGUUUUUCUUAAGGAUAAUGCAUCUGUGUGCUUUGCUUAUCUAAAAUCUAAAUAAAGUGGGUUUCUGCAUUGUGACUUUGCACAAACUUCUUUUGUUAAAAUGAAUAAGAAAUCACAUCAAGAAAACAGAACAAGACCACAACGAGAAGACUUGAAACUCUCUGAAGGUAUAUAAACAAACAGAACCUAGUAAAUUAGAGUCAGCUUAUUCAAAACUUUUAGACCAUCAUCAAGAUCAUUAUAAACUUGGAGUCAAUGUUGCGGAAACCAAUCUGCUAUCCCCGGAAUUUCAAAUAAAGAGACUAGAGAAUUACUUUGAACACACUUCUUUUAUUAAAUCGGAUCACAAAAAUCCAUCAAAGACACAACAGCAACAAACACAAAGAGAAGACUUAAAACACUGAAGCAGUAAACAAACAGAGAGAAAUAAAGUAGAAUCAGCUUAUUCAAAGUGUGUAAACUAUCAUCAAAAGAUACUUAAAAUCUCCAUAAUUAUUUGGUUAUUGGCGCGACAUGGACUCCAAAUUUGUGAAGUAGAUCACCAGCUCUUCCAUGGAAACCAACUAUCUUUUGACCGUCCUUCUUGAAUUCGAAGGCUGUGCCAGCUCCUAUUCCAAAAGGAAUAGAUACUCGCUUAUUAGUCGUGAACCUAAGCAUAUUUACGAUUGGUUCAUUCCCAAAGAUUGCAUCGUAGGUGCCAUCAACUGCCGUGAUGUAUUCACUUGGAUAGUCA